CUGUGGUUAGGUGGAGGGCAGGACACGCUCUGCACCACGGGGAUGUGGCACCAAGCGGGAGGGAAAGUGAGGUUCAGGAGGGGACGUGGGGCCGGCAGGAUGAGGGACGAGGAUGCUGCUCCUGCUCCUGCUCCUGCUCCUGCUCCUGCUCGCUCUGUGGUUACGUGCAGUUUGCCAGAGGCCACCUUGGCACAGAGCGUUUGGCCAACAAAGGCAGCACCGGGUGCCCCGAGGAGCAGAGAGCUUCUCGAGGAGUGGUAACGCGUUCGCAGGGAGCAGCGCGGCUGGAGGCGGCUGUCCUGUCCCUUGGGCAGCAUUUCCCGGUGGGACCCCGAGACCCCCGGCGAUGGAGCCAGAGGAGAAGCCGUUUGUGGGGCACCCCCGGGGCGGGGGGCUCAGGGGAGUCCCUGGCCCCCUCGGUGCAGGAAAGGGCUGGGCAGGAGUGAAGCACGAGGUUGUGGUGAAAACGGAGCCGGAGGACGAGUCGGACAUCGGGUACCCCCAGGGCCCAGGGGCGAGGGCCACCACCCCCAGCAUCCCCGGUGUCCCCAGCAUCCCCGGUGUCCCCAGCAUCCCCGGUGUCCCCAGCACCAGCAUCAAAACAGAGGUCGUCAUCAAAACCGAGCCUGAGGACGACUCCUACGGUGACUGCUGCCCACGGGAGAAGGAGGAGCCCCCCGACCCCGCUGCCUGCGAUGCCAAGCCCGAAGUGAUUGUGAAGGUGGAGCCGGAGGAGGAGGCGUACAUCGGGUGUCCCCAGGGCCCGGGUGACCCAGGAGUCGCAGGUGGCGAAGGCAAAGGUGAGAAGUGUCCCAAGGAGGAGCCAGAGGACGUGAAACCAGAGGUGGCUCUGCUGGAGAAGAGCCCGGAGGCUGCGCCCCGUGCCAGCCAGUGGAUGGUGCAGCCGGCGCGGGGCGGCGUGACCAAGCCCCGGGGGCUCUGCGUGGGGACGGGCACGGCUCCCGUCCCACCAGCAAGCACCGCUGGGCACAAAGUCGCACCAGCACCCAGCACUGAGCCAGCCCGGCGGCCCCGCAGCCACGGCGCCGAGCGGCCCUUCGCCUGCAGCGAGUGCGGGAAGAGCUUCCAGCACCGGGGGAACCUCAUCACCCACCUGCGCGUGCACACCGGGGAGAAGCCCUUCGCCUGCACCGUCUGCGGGAAGAGCUUCAGCCAGAAGGGCGACCUGAUGCGGCACCAGCGCAUCCACACGGGCGAGAAGCCCUUCGAGUGCACCGUCUGCGGGAAGAGCUUCUGCUCCAAGCAGACCUUCAUCCUGCACCAGCGCAUCCACACGGGCGAGAAGCCCUUCUCCUGCAGCGAGUGCGGCAAGAGCUUCAACCGCAAGGCCAACUUCAUCACGCACCAGAAGAUCCACCGCGGCGAGCGGCCUUUCAUCUGCGCCGAGUGCGGCAAGGGCUUCUGCGCCAAGAAGACCUUCAUCCUGCACCAGAAGAUCCACGUCGGCGACCGGCCCUUCGGCUGCAGCGAGUGCGGGAAGAGCUUCAGCCGCAACGGCGACCUGACGCGGCACCAGCGCAUCCACACGGGCGAGCGCCCCUUCGCCUGCGCCGACUGCGGCAAGUGCUUCAGCCACAACGGCGAGCUGAUCAAGCACCAGCGCAUCCACACGGGCGAGAAGCCCUUCACCUGCACCGAGUGCGGCAAGAGCUUCAACCGCAAGGGCACGCUCAUCACCCACCAGCGCAUCCACACCGGCGAGCGCCCCUUCGUCUGCCCCGAGUGCGGCAAGACCUUCAACCUCAAGACCACGCUGAUGAAGCACAAGCGCAUCCACACGGGCGAGCGUCCCUUCACCUGCCUGGAGUGCGGGAAGAGCUUCAAGUACAAGGGCAACCUGCGGACGCACCACCUCACCCACACGGUGGAGCGGGUCUACCCCUGCACCGAGUGUGGCAAGAUCUUCAGCCACAAGAAGGAGCUGACCGUGCACCAGGGCACGCACACCGAGGAGCGGCUCCUGUCCUGCUACCGGGACGGGGAGUCCUUCAGCCCCUUCCUCCCCGUGCACCCGCUGCUCAUGUCCUGCACCCAGCUCCAGGUGCCGCUGGAGGCCCUGUCCAAGUACAAGGUAGGGGCUGUGGGACGGGGCUGGGCAGGGGCGCGGGGCUGCGGCGGGGGGCCGGGAGCGGGGCAGAUCCCGCUGCACGGGGGGCUCCUGGCCCUGCCGCCACCCGCACCCCCGGUGUGUCGCCGAGGAAAGCAGCGGUUGAUGGGUGGGCCGGCUGCCGCCUCCUUUUGGUUCCUUGAGCAAAAUUUUGUGUUUGGCAGAACCCACAGGGCCGUCUGGAGCACCCGGCCCCGUCCGCAUGGACCCAUGUCUGGGCGCGCUUCCGUCCCCGCGCUGAGAGCCUGCAGGCGGCGGCUGCUCGGGCAGGGGUCGGGAGCAGAUGGGGCCGCAGCGGCGCUCACGAUGCCGGUGACGUUCGAGGACGUGGCCAUCUACUUCUCCCCCGAGGAGUGGGCAGAGCUGGCGGGCUGGCAGCGGCAGCUGUACCGCGAGGUGAUGCUGGAGAACUUCGAGGCGCUCGCCUCGCUGGGCUGCCCCGGCGCCAAGCCCGAGAUCAUCUGCGAGAUGGAGCAGGAGGAGAUGCUGAGGGAGGGACGGCACCGGGAGCCCGCGGCGGGGAGGAGGCACCCGGCCCCCUGGCCAGACGGUGACGCUGGGGCCAAGCAGGAGGUGGAGGAAGGCCCGGAGCAGCCGCCGGCACCCAGCGCCUCCCUCCCACGGACACCCCGGCGGUGCCAGGCGGGCAGGAGGGGGGGGGUCCCGGCGGGAUGCCCCCGGCCCCGGCCCCUCCCGACCCCCCCGCUGCAGAGGAAGCCGCCCACGUGCCCGGAGUGUGACAAGAGCUUCAAGAGCAACACGGCGCUGACCAUCCACGAGAGGAGCCACACGGGCGAGCGGCCCUUCAAGUGCCCGCGCUGCGGGAAGGGCUUUCCCUCCAAGGGGGACCUCAAGCGGCACCAGAAAACCCACGUGGGGCAGGGGGAGACCCCCGGCCCCGGGCUGUGCCUCCCAGCCCUGCCGCCGCCGUCCCGGCCCCCCCGCGGCCCCCCGGGCCCCAAGCGCCCCCACGCCUGCGUGGAGUGCGGGAAGAGCUUCGGCAAGAGCCGGGACCUGAGGAAGCACCAGCAGACGCACACGGCGGCGCGGCCCUUCUCCUGCCCGCAGUGCGGCAGCAGCUUUCGGCUGAAGCAGAUCCUGGUGUCGCACCAGAAGGUGCACGGCGGCGAGAAGCCCUUCUGCUGCGCCGACUGCGGGAAGCGCUUCGGCCAGAAGCACCACCUGCUGAGCCACCGCCGCGUGCACACGGGCGAGAAGCCCUUCUGCUGCGCGCAGUGCGGGCAGCGCUUCAGCCAGAAGCACCACCUGGUCAGCCACCAGCGCAUCCACACCGGCGAGCGCCCCUUCGCCUGCGCCCGCUGCCCCAAGCGCUUCAAGGACAAGAAGACCCUCAUCAUCCACGAGAGGGUGCACACCGGCGAGAAGCCCUACAAGUGCGGCGAGUGCGGCAAGACCUGCAGCCAGAAGCAGCACCUGAAGAGCCACCAGCGCGUGCACCGGGGCUCGCAGGCGCUGGAGGACGGGCGGCCGGUCCCGCCGGGUGCGCGGCCGCAGCCCAAGCCCUUCCAGUGCGCCGGCUGCGAGAAGCGCUUUCGGGACGAGGGCAUCAUGUUGGCCCACCAGCGCACCCACGCCGAGCAGGGGCCGGGGCGGGCGCAGGGCCCCGGCGCUCCCCAGAAGCGGCCGCCCGCGGCCCCGCAGGCUGCCAGGAGGCCGACGGCGUGCGGUGGCUGCGGGAAGGCGUUCACCCAGGGCAAGAGCCUGCGGCUCCACCAGCGGAGCCACACGUGAGUGGGGAGCACGGCUCCGGCUGCUGCCGCCGGCUCACCCCAAGGAGCACCCGCACCCGCCGUGCUCCCGAAUCGAGCAGGGCGGCGCUCGCCUCCCUGCGCCGUGUCCCCAGGCUGGUCCCCCCCCGCCUCACCGACAUCCCCCCUGCCCCAGACCAGCGGCAAAGCCCGGUGCUGUGGGCAGCCGGAGCCCCCCCUGCGCCCCUGGGCUGAGCCCCCCUGUCCGUGGGCGUUAGGGCAGCUCCUGUUCCCUGCUCGGGUCGCACCACGGGGGCAGCAUGCUGCAUGAGAGAGCUGCUAGCUGGCACCCGGCCGCUUGUGGCAGGCAAGUAAAAAUAAAAUUAAUCUAUCUAUC